AACGACUGCCGAGCCUGAGAUCCUCAGACUUGCCGACGAGCCUUCAGACUCCACAAUGAAGACUUACCUUUCUGCUGCACUGCUCCUGGCGGCCAUGUUCCUGCUUGACACGGCUGACAGCCGAGUCCUGUCCAAGUGCGACAUGGCAUCCCAGCUGAAUGCUGCACUCAAGGACCUCCCGCAGUUCACUCCGCAGAUCCUGGCUAAGAUAAUUUGUCACAUCAAUGCAACAGGUGGCUUCAGCACCAGUGCUGUCAGUGUUUGUCCUCCUAACAUGCCUGGUCAAGGAACGGGAAGUAAUCCACCAAACACCGGUUUUAAUGGAGUGCAACAACACCGGCAAAAAAGAUCCCAAAAUGAUCAUGGUAUGAUGGGUGAACAGCACAAAAACGGAAAUGACCAAGGCAUGGGAAAGGGUGAACAGCACAAAAACGGAAAUGACCAAGGCAAGGGAAAGGGUGAACAGCACAAAAAUGGCCACAACUUCGGUAACCGCCAGAGGAGAGCCGCAAAAGACAAUGCAGGCCCAAUGGUGCCAGACAAAUCCCAAACAAACCACAAAAACGGUGAAGGUCAUCCGCUGAAACCAACUAUGCAGCCUGGACAGCCGACUCCUCCUCGGCGCCAGCAAAGAGCCGCAAAAGACAAUGCAGGCCACAUGAUGCCAGGCAUGUCCCAACCACACCAGAUGCCAGGGAUGAAGCCAGGAGGCUCUAACUCACCAUCAAUGAACUCCAUGCAACUGUUAGGAGCCCUGCAGAUACCCAGCCAUUUAGCCUGCAAUGAUGGCAUCACAAAAUCAGAUGAUCAGUGCAAGAUGAGCUGUAACUUGUUAACUGAUGAAGACAUUGCUAAUGACAUUGCCUGCCUGAAGACGAUUAUACAAACCAUAGACCAAUCAAAGUGUGACCGUUUCACUACGGCCUGCAGUAACAUGGAUCUGUCCACCUACCUGUCUGACUGCUCUCUGUAAAUGGCCAUCCAGAGGAAUCGUCAGAUUUCUAUUACUUUAUCUUCUUCUACUAUAACCAAAUGUAGCCAAAUUCAAGUAUAGUGAGGACAGCUCCAGAUAAAGUCUGCCAUUAUUCAAUUUCAAUAAAGCAUUGAGAAAUUUA